AUGGUGUGCAGGACUCCCAGGCCAGUGGAGGAAGAUCCUAGGGUAAAGUGUAAGAACUGCAGAGCCUUUGGGCACAAAGCAUCAGGCAGCUGGUGCACCAUGAGACACUGGGAUGGGCCGCGGGCCCCCCAGGCCUGGGACUCCAGGAAGCUGAGGGAGAAUCUGGAACCAAGGAGAAUGUGGAACACAGGCAAUGCAGCUCCUUCUACUUCCCAAGGUUUGUCGUGUAGACGAGAAGGUCAGCGGAGGAAGGCGCUGUUCCAGAGAUUCUCCAGGAGACGCCCAGGAAGGCAGCAGCGAACCUGGAGGGAAUCCACAGAACCCUGUGACUAUGAGAGGCAUCCGCACAGGCCGAUGCCUGUGUACACCACCAAGAGGGUGUCUGUGCUGGAGCCGCACGUCCCGGCUGAGCCUACUAGCAGGACACCUGACACGACACAGCUGUCCCCGUCGGCUGCUCCUCUCGGGAGACCUGUGGCAAGCACCUUCCCGCCUGCUGGCCGACAGGAUGCCCAGCAAGUGGGGACCCCUGCCCCUCCUGCCCCGCCUGCCCCAGCACACCAACGCUCUGCCUGGGAUCCAGGCCUCAGUGUCCAGCUGAGACAACACCGGCCCCGAUGUGCCUCCCUUGAAGGUCUCCAGACUGUCUCUAGGGCGCAGGGCACUGGCCAUGCCCAGGCACCAGCCAAGCAUCCUGAGGUGAGCUCUGAUCCUCCUCUAACCCGUUUGGCUCCGAGUCCUCAGCCCCACAUCCAGACACCAGGCAAGAGAUGGGCCCCGCUCCCCGACAACACGUGCCAGAACCCUCGAAAGAAACCACGAUGGACCCCCUUUCAUCAACCCCACAAGAGCACAGGAUGCCCCCGUGUGGGGCUUUGCCAGAGUCUGUGUCGUCCAGAAAGGAGAAGGGCAUGUGGUCUCAAGGGGGCAGCCCACGUGCUCAGGAAGUCACCCGCCUUAGUGCAAAGCAUGAGCCUCCAGCCUCCCCACCCCCAACCUCAAUUGGACACUCUCCAGGCAUGCACCAUGGCCCUGUGUCCACCCUGUCCACAGGCACCCAGCCAGCCCAUGGGAAUGGUCUUCAGCCGCCUGGAUAAAGGCAGCUGGAACUCCAGGUUCAUAGCAGCUCCCUGUCUGGCACCUCCCGAGACGCCAGCCCCCACUGGUCAGGUCCCUCCCAUCACACACCAGUCUGAAGGAGGCUGUGUGUGCAUCCGAUUGAGUGUCCUCUUUGAUCACCUGCAGCUUUCAUCAUCCUCAGAUGAGUGCAAUUGGCAGUGA